GCCUCUUGAAUUGACUCUAGGUGCAAAGACCCAAGAUGUGAAAUCUUUGGGGUUUGAGUCAGUCCCACAGUUACAAAAUAGGAAAUUGACUACGUUGACACCAGGAUCACACAUUCAAGGCAUGAAAUCUCUGAAAUUCAGCCCUGGGGCAAAGUUGAAAGGUGCAAAAUCUCCUGAGUCUGUAAAGCUUCAAAUAAUGAAAACCACAGAGGUCAACCAGGGCCUAGAGUUCCAGGUCGCAAAACCCUCUGAGUUAGCCUUGGAAUCAAAGAUUUGCAAUGUGAUCUCCGAGUUCAAUGCUGGGAAGCAGCGGCAAGAAAAGAAGUCUUCUAAGUUGAAACCAUGGCCAGAGCUUCAAUGUGUGAAAUUUGUGGUAUACAGCCCUGGACCACAUUUGCAACAUAUAAAAUUUUCAGAAUUGUGCAAAGAGACAAAGCUCCAAGAUGUGAAAUCUAAGGAAUCCAAUCCUGAGCAACAGUGGCAAGAUGUUAAAUCCUCUGAGUUAUGCCAGGGAUCAAGGCUUCAAGGUAUGCCAUCUUUCAAGUUCAAUCCUGGGCCGUUACAAGAGAUAAAACCUGAGUUGUGCACAGACAGGAAGCUUCCAUAUGAGCCAUUUCUGGAAACAAAGCAUCAGCCUAAAUUACAAGGUGGGAAAUCCCCUGAAUUUAAUCUAGCCCCACAGCUUCAGUGUAUAAAUGUUAGGGCAUUCAGUAAUGGUGUGAAAUCUGAGUUGAAUUCUGGAUCAGAGCCUUGAGGUAUGAAAUCCCAGGUGUUCUGCCCUGGGCCACCUUUGCAGGAUGUGAAUUCUUCUGCAUUUAUUUCAAAACCAAAACUUCAGUGUGUAAAUUCUGUUGGAUGCAAAUCUGAGCCACCCUUGCAAGGUAUAAACCCUCCUGAAUUAACUUCAGUUUCAAAACUUCAAGGUACAAAGUCUUCUGAGUUGAGUUCAGAGAUCCCAAGGGAGACAACUAUGGUGUUCAACCUUGAUCCACAUUUGCAAGAUUUGAAAUCUGAGUUGAUUCCAGGGUCAAAGUUUCUUGCUAUAUCACCUAUGGAAUGCAACCCUGAGCCACAGAUGAAGUGUGUAAAUUCUUCUAAGUUGAAUCCAGAGCCAAAAUUACAAUGUGCAAAUUCUAUGGGAUGCAAACUUGGACCACCUUUGCAAGGUGUACAGUCCUUUGAAUUGACUUCAGGGACAAAAUGUCAAGGUCCAGGAUCUCAGGUGAAUCUGGGGUCCAAGAAUCAAAGUGAGACAUCUAUGGUGUUCAGUGCUGAACCACAUUUACAAGAUUUAAAAUCCGAAUUGAUUCCAGGGUCAAAGUUUCUUGCUGUAGCACCUAUGGAGUGCAACCCUGGGCCACAGAUGAAGUGUGUAAAUUCUUUGGAGUUGGAUCCAGAGCCCAAAUUACAAUGUGCUAAUUCUAUGGGGUAUGAACUUGGGCCACCUUUGCAAGGUAUACAAUCUUUUGAGUUGACUUCAGGGGUUAAAUGUCAAGGUAUGGGAUCUUUUGAUUUGAAUCUGGGGUCAGAAGUUCUAGGUAUAAAAUCUCUUAUGUUCGACGCUGUGCAACAUUUACAAAAUGUGAAAUGUGAAUUGAGUCCAGGGACAAAGUUUCAAGGUAUAACAUCACAAGAAUUAAACUGUGCCCCACAGCUGCAAGGUGUGAAUUCUUCUGAUUUGAAUUUUGGGUCAGAACUUCAAUGCAUAAAUGCUAUAAAGUUUAAUCCAGACCCAGAGACGCAAGGCAUGAAACCCUCUGACUUGAAUCCUACAUCAGAAUAUCAAGACAAAUCUAUUCUGUUCAACCCUGGACCACAUUUGCAAGGUGUAAAAUCUUCUGAGUAAAUCCCAGGGGCAAAGUUUCCAGAAAUCCAGUUUUUGGAGAAUCACUGUGGGUCACAGCAACAAGUUGUGCACUCAGUGUUCACUUUAGGCUCUUCUCUGAAUGGUAUGAAAUCUGUGUUAUUUUUACCAAAGCCACUGCUUGAAGAUGUAAAGUCUGUGAAGAUGAACAAAGAGCCAGUGUCUUGUGGGGAACUGGCUUCAGGCUCUGAGCUGCAGGACUUGAAAUGUGAGAUGUUUGCACUAGAGCCGUGUUUUACAAAAGUGAAAUCUGUGGAGUUAAAUCCAGGGCCACAUCCUCAAGGUAUGAAUUCUGGGGAGUUGCCCUCACACCUCAGGCAGCACAGUGAGAGAUCUGUGGUGUUUGCAUCAAAGUUGUGUUUUCAAGAUGUGAAAUCUCUGGAGUUGAAACCAGGGCCACAACCUCAAGAUGUGAAUUCUAAGGAUUUGAUUUCUUGCCUCAGGCAGAAAUCUGUGGUGUUUGAAUCAGAGCCAUGUUCUCAAGAUGUGACAUUGUUGAAUUCAAACCUACAGCUACAGCCUCCAAGUGCUAAUUCUUCAGGGUUUCCAUCAUGCCUAAGGUCACCAAGUGUUAAUUCUGAGGUCUUUGCACUGGAACUAUGUUUUCAAGAUGUGAAAUCUGUAGAGUUGACACCAGGGUCCCCACAGCAAGGUAUGAAUUGCCAAGAGUUGACUUCAGGAUGGCAAGGUAUGAAAUCAACAGUGUUGGCACCAGAGCCAACUAAGAAGUUCAUACCAGGACCCAUGUUGCGUAGUGUUAAAUUUUCAAAUUUGUCUCCAGAAUCAAAGCGACAAAGUGAGAAACCUUUGGAGUUUACUCCAGAAGCAAAGUUGCAAAGUAUAAAACAUGUGACAUUGUCUUCAGCAUCUCUGCAACAAGAUAUGAAAUCUGUAGAGUUACUACCGGGGUCACUGCUUCCAAGAACAAAAUCUGAGGAACUAACUCCAAAGAGGAGCUAUCAAAUGACAGACUCCUCUGAGAUAAUCCCUAGGCCAGGGCAUCAAUUUGUAGAAGGUGCAGAGAUGAUCCCAACACCAAAGCCUCAAGUCCCUAAAUCUGUGAAUCUGGUGAUCCCAACACCAAAGCAUCAAGUCUCCAAAUCUGUAAAUUUGAUUUCAGUACCAAUUUAUCAUACCACAGAAAGUUUGGCACAUCAAGGCAGUGAAACUGUGGAAAAAUCUGUGGGGUUGACCCCAAAGUCAACAAGUAAAACCAUGGAAUCUUCAGGAGUGCCUCUAAGACUAGAUCUUCAAGUCCCAGAAUCUGUUCACCUGACUCAUGUGCUAAGGAAUCAAGGCUCUGAAUCCUUAGAAUUAACCUUAAAGAAAAUCCCAGAAACUCUCGAGUUGCUCUCUCAGUCAUGGCCUCAAGUUAAGGACUUGGGGGAAUCAUAUACAAGGCCAGUGCAGGAAGUUACAGAAUCUGAAGAGAUGACACCAGAGCCCAAGCAUCACACUACAGAAACUAUGGGGUUGACCCCCAAAGCAAGGCCAACAGAGAAGGAAUUCCUUGGCAUGACCCCAAAGCCAAUAAGUAAAACCACUGGAUAUACAGAGAGCACUCCAAGGCCCUAUCCUCAAGCAUUAGAAUUUGCGGAGGUGAUCUCCGAGAAAAGACUGCAAAGGGAAGAAUCAGAAGCACUGACUACAAAGUCAUUACAUCAUGUCCCAGAAUCUUCAGAGAUGACACCAAGGCUAAGAUAUCCAGUUCCUGAAUCUGUGGGUUCAACCUCUAAGCAAUGGCUUCAAAGGGAGGAAUCUUUAGAUUUGUCCCCAAGGCAAACAGGUCAAGCUACAGGACAUGCAGAAUCUGUAGAGCUCACAUCUGAGACAUGGCAGCAAGGGGAUGGACCAAUGGGGCUGACACAGUCACAGAAUCAAAGUAUGAAAUAUUCACAGAUAGCUCCAGGACUACAGGGUCAAAUUACAGAGUUUAUGAGGAUUAGUCCAAAGCCGCUAGAUCAAGUCACGGGAUCUACAAAGACACAGCUUCAAGCUGCUCAACCAAUAGGAAUAACCUCAAUAGGCCCCCCAAAAGUUGUUGAAUAUGUGAAAGUGACUCCUUGGCCACCACUUCAGGUUGUAAAGUCUGUAGCAUUAACACCAGGGGGAACCUCUCAAAUGGUAGACGAUGUUGAACUGACUCCAAAAGUACAAGAUGUGAGACCUUCUGAGUUUACCUCAGGGCUGUGGUUGCAAAGUGUAAAAUCAAAGGAAUUAACCACAGAGCCAACACACCAGAUUUUGGAUAUAAUGAAGUUGACAGGCUUUCAAAUUGUAAAGACUGUGUUAAUCCCAGGGCCACCACUUCAAAUUGUAAAAUCUGAGGAAUUAGCACCACUACCAAUUCCUCAGAUUGUAGAACCAAUAGGAGUUUCCUUAGGAUCAGCUACUGAUGUAAUGGAUUGUUUGGAUCUUCAAGAAAUGGUAGAACCUGUAGAACUAACUCUGAGGCCAAAUACCGAAGAGAAAUCUUCAGAAUCACUCUCACAGCCAGCAUUUCCUUUGGAGGAAUCUACAGUGUUCACUCAUGAACAAGGGCUUCAGGCUGUGAAAGGAAUGGGGAUAAAUAUAGGGCCUCCUCAAAUCAUGGAAUGUGAGGAUUUGAAUCUAGUACAGGUAUAUCAGAAUAGGGAAUCUGAGGAUUUUAUGUCAAGAGAGGAGUUACAAAUAGGGAAUUAUUUCUCUAGAUUUCUACAGAACUCUUCAAACUCGCUCAUCUCAGGCUCUGUCGAAGCAUCUGAAUUAGGAAGCCUUUGUGAUCUGGAGAUGCCAGAAGUGUCAAGGGCCUUGGAUAUAAAAAACUUCGGGACAGAUAUUUUGCAGUCUGACGAAUACUUUAUAGACCCUACUAUGAUACAAAUUUCAACCCUUCCCUUGUCCCUUCACAAUCAACCCUCCGAUGAGAUAGCUAACAUUGUAGAAAUCCCACAUUUUGAGAUCCCAGGAGUGGGUGUCUUAUCUAAGAGGACUGAUAAGAAGCAGGUGGAGAAGCUAGAGAAUUCACUCCAGCGCCUAUCCCAACAUCCACUGCAAAGCUGGAGAUCACCAUCUAGGACCUUCCAGUCAGGAUCAGGAACUCAAAGAGGCCUUAACUGGUCUGUCUUGAGCAGACAACAGAAUGUCUGGGAGAAUCACUCCUGGAGACAGCGACUACCCAGAAAAUAUCUCUCCAAGAUGCUAGUGUUAGGGAUUGUCUUGGGAACCACUAUGGAAAGGAACCUUUGUUCUCAAAUAUCUUUAACGGAAAGAGCCACUGCAGAUAUCUGUCAAUCUAUUCAGAAUUUAUUUGGGGUUCCUGUGGAACUGAUGGAACUUUCCAAGAGUCUGCUAGAGAAGAGUCAAACUCUUAUUUCUCAGACUUCAGUGUCCAAAAACUACAUUCAGAGACACACUUCCUAUCAUGGUCACGAACAAAGAAUAGCCUUAAGGAUGUGGACACGUAGCUCCAUCUCCAUGUCCUCCAUAAUACAGCAACACUCUGGGGCUAGCGCGAAAAUAAAGAAAAGUUCGAAGCUUAGUGAUAUAUCCCAGGAAGUCAUUCAGCACAUGCCUGUUUCAUGUACAGAGGGCCAGCCUCCUGUCCCAGUAAAUUUAGAGUCUUCCUUCAAUAUAUUUUUCACUAGGAAAGAUUCUGUUCCAAUGGAAGAGAGUGAGAACUCACAGAGUUCACAGAAAAGGAUUUUUGAGUCCCAACAUUGUCUCAAGCCAAGUUAUCUUCCCCAGGCCAAGACUGACUUGUCAGAACAGUUCCAGUUGCUACAAGAUCUGUGGCUAAAAAUGGCAGCAAAACUGUUAAGGAGUCAAAUACCCCCCAAUGCACCUCCACCUCUAACUUCAGGUCUGGUUUUAAAAUACCCUAUCUGCCUACAGUGUGGCCUAUGUGUAGGAUUUAAUUGCUGUCAUAAAUUACAGGGCACUUUGGUGCCUUACCUUCUUAUCUACCCAUAGCUCCACCUUGUAAGCACUCCCGAAGGACACGGAGAGAUUAAGUUGUGUCUUGGCUUUAGGUUGCAAACUGGGAAAAGAUCCCAAGUCCCAAAGUAUCACAGAAGAGACAGAUCCAUCACACCAAGAAGUUCUAUGUUACCAUCACUAAGGAAAGCUAAAGUCUAUACUCGAGCUUCCAAGAGUCCUACUUCUACAGUGGAUUUCCAGUCUGUAUCUUCCCAGUCUCCUGCUCCUGUACAAGUCCACAUCAGGCAAAGACAGUAUAGGAGCCCUGCCCUAGCAGGAAAGAUGACAAUUGGAGGGCCAGGGCACUAUUAGUUUACUCAAGUUCACUCUCUACCAGAGAGUGACUCUGAAAGCAAUCAGGAUGAAAAAUGGGCUAAAAGGUGAACAAAAAAGACCUGUAGUUCAAAAUACCCAAAGAAAAGAAUCACUAUGGGAGGCAGAACACAAAACACAAAGUUCUACACAAAUGGUAGAACCACAAUACGGAGUUCUUCUUGGGAUUUACCAGCCCAGUUAAGAAGGAAGAGGAAUGGAGCAUCUCAGACAACCACUGCCUCUUCAAAAAGACAAUCUAAGAAAUCCUCCCAACCCAAAUUCAUUCAACGGCUUUUUCAAGGUCUAAAGCAAGCAUUUCAGACAGCACGCAGAAUUAUGGCUUUUGCUGGACAGAAGCCUGAGGACAGGUCAAGGCCAGACUGUUUGCUUUCAAGCAAAAACCACCAUCCAAAACAAAAAGCCAGAGAUUAUUCCUCAUCAAGAGAUAUCAAAAGAGAUAGGAUGUCAGUUGUUAAGCUAAAGCCAAUAGACAUAACCACUAAGCAGGAGAAGAUGUUAUGGGAAGAAAUACAGCAAUUCAGAUCGGCUCAACAACCAAAAAGUAGCUCUUUCCAACGUAGACAUACCCAACGAGCCAAGCCCAUAGUUUCCCAAAGAAGUGCUAUUUUCAAAACCACUUCAGUCAGACAGGCUGUGGUUAUUGUUCAAAACGACAAUAGCAGCAAAGGUAAGAAAACCUACAGAUGUGAAAUCUCUAGCCAGGAGUCCAAGAGCUCCAAAAUAGGAACCAGAGUUCAAGCCAGAGGGAGAAAUCUACAUGGUUUACUUAAGAGAACCUCACACAGUCACCUUAAAAAGAAACUCACAACCAAGAAGCAAAACCACCAUAGCUUCUUAAGGGAGAGAACCCCAUGUAAUUCCUCUGAAAGGAGCCAUACCAGUCCCUCUGAGGGGAGCCUUUGAAGUCCUUCUCUAAAGAGCCAUCACAGUCCCUCUGAGAGGAGCCAUCACAGUCCCUCUGAGAGGAGCCAUCGAAGUCCUCCUCAGAGGAGCCAUCACAGUCACUCUGAAAGGAGCCAUCAGAGUCCCUGUGAGAGGAGCCAUCGAAGUCUUCCUCGGAAGAGACAUCACAAUCCCUCUAAGGGGAGCCACCGAAGCCGCCUUCAGAAGAGACAUCACAAUCCCUCUGAGAGGAGCCACCGAAGUCUUUCUCAGAAGAGCCAUCACAGUCCCUCUGAGAGGAGCCAUCGAAGUCUUCCUUGGAACAGACAUCACAGUCCCUCUAAGAGGAGCCACCGAAGACUUCUUCAGAAGAGCCAUCACAGUCCCUCUGAGAGGAGCCACUGAAUGCCCAUCAGUCCUUCUCUAAGGAGCCAUCACAGUCCCUCUGAGAAGACCCAUCGAAGUCUUCCUCAGAAGAGCCAUCACAGUCCCUCUGAGAGGACCCAUCGAAGUCUUGUUCAGAAGAGACAACACAGUCCUUCUGAGAGGAGCCACCGAAGUCUUUCUCAGAAGAGCCAUCACAGUCCCUCUGAGAGGAGCCAUCGAAGUCUUCCUCGGAAGAGACAUCACAGUCCCUCUAAGGGGAGCCACCGAAGACUUCUUCAGAAGAGCCAUCACAGUCUCUCUGAGAGGAGCCACCAAAGUCUUUCUCAGAAGAGCCAUCACAGUCCCUCUGAGAGGACCCAUCGAAGUCUUCUUCAGAAGAGACAUCACAGUCCCUCUCAGAGGAGCCACCGAAGUCUUUCUCAGAAGAGCCAUCACAGUCCCUCUGAAAGGAGCCAUCAGAGUCCCUGUGAGAGGAGAUGUCGCAGUCCCUCUGAGAGGAGAUGUCGCAGUUCCCUUGAGAGGAGCAGUCGCAGUCUCUUUCAGAAAACCCAUCACAGUCCCUUAGAGAAAGACCACUCGUGCUGGAUGGGGGAACGGAGGGUGAAGGGACAUUUGGUAUCGCGCAAACGGAUGGACCCCGAAUAA